AAAUCAUAUUAAACUAAACACCAAACCUGAUAGAUUUGAACACGUUUCAUUCUUAUCUUCAAUACUUUAUUCCUAACGUUUUCUCAAUCCGGUGUGCUUUGAAAAAGUCUUCUGCUCACGGUUUCAUAUCAUAAACAAUACUAAAACAAACAUCUAUAUAUGAAACAAAACUCAUUCACACACAUUCAUAUUCAAAUUCUCUCCACACAACAAAAAUGAGCAAGGGACAUAGUAAGAACAUGUUUAUGAGAAUCAUGUGUUCACCAAUAAGAGCACUUGGAAAAGCAAGAGACGCAUACGUAAGAAGCAUAACAAACUGUGGUCAGAGCAUGAAUUACGGUAGUUAUCCAAUGGAUGCCGCUAGUAGAUUCUCUUCUUUAUCAAGAAGUCAAACAACAUCAUCAAGAAGAUCAUCAUCAUCGUCAUCAUUAUCAAGACUUGAUAAUAAUGAAGAUUUUGCUGAGCUUGUUAGAGCUGCUUCUGCAAGAACUUUGGGGAAUAGGAUGGACAUAGAUUUGGUUCUCAAACAAGAACAACAAAAGAUGAAUAAAAAGUUACCUAAGUCUAGUAGUGUUGGAAUGGCUAAGAUUGAUGAAGAUAUGCCGUUUGAUUCUGGUCUUGGGAAUGGUGUUGGUUUUGUUGUUGAUUCUUAUCCUAGAUCUAAGAGUUAUGCUGUUGGAAAUAGAACUAGGAAUGGUGUUUUCUGAAUCUAUGUUGUUGAAUUGAAUGGAAGCUUUUUGGUGUUUGUGAUAUUUGUGAGGUGUUGUAAGAAAUUAUAAGAGAGGGAUUUAAUUGAAUCUUAAUCUCUUUUUAAUUGAUAUAUUGUGAUUUGAA